AUGCCGAUUGACGACCAUCUCUUCGGCCGCGUGCCCGACGUGCUCUUCCUCAUCCUCAGCAUGGGCGACGCCGCGACCAUCCCGGCGCUGUGUCGCCUGAACCGCGCGACGUACGAGACCAUCAAGGCCCACGAGACGCUCAUCUGCACCGCGUUCCUCCGCCACCACGACAUCAGCCCGCCGCUGGACCGCAUCCUCACCAUGGACCCCGUGUCCGGCCAGCGCGCCGCCCUCGACUUUCUCAGCCUGCAAAAGUUCAUGUACCGCCGCGAGACGGCGCGCAAGCUGGCCUCGCGCGUGGCCCGGUCUGGCUGGGGCGCCUGGUGGGCCAUCAAGGGCUCUGGCGAGAUGGACGCCGAGGCCGAGAUGUUUCGCCAGCGCGUCGAGCGCGGCCUCUAUGUCAUGUUCCACAUGUCCGACAUUGCCAGGAGCGUCGAGGAGACCCCCGUGCAGCCGUACUCGCUGGCCUUUAGCAUCUACCGCGUGAUUUUGUGCAGUUGUCUCUUCCGACUGCCCUUUGACCGCGCCCGCGCAAACCGCAGCUGGUGGUUCCCGCGCCACAUGUCGCAUAUCUACGUCGUGCUGCUGCGAAAACCGCAGCAGCGCGAGGUGGGCAAGCAGCGGUGGCGCUUUCGCCAAAAGCUGGACCUGGAACGCCGCAUCGACUUUCAUAUCGCGCUGCAGAUGCUGCGCCAGUUUCUCGAAACCAUCAUCUUUGCACACAGCCCGGACGACGACCGCAGCAUCAGCAGUCUCAAGGAAGACCUCGACGUGACCAACUGGUUCCUCCUCCGCCAGAGCGCCCACUCGCUCUCGCGCAUCUUCCUCGAGCUGCCCGACGCCAAAUGUUGUAGUAUUGAGGACCGCGCCCGCAAAAACAACGCCAAGGACCACCGCGACAACCCCGUCUGCACGUACUCGGAAGUGCUCAAGGAGUACUGGGACGCGCGCCGCGGCGAUUCCGCCGUCGACUGCAAGCAGUGCGAGACGUGGCUGCGCAGUUCCAGCACCGAGACCAUUCUCAACGACUUUUUUGGGCUGCAUGCUUAUAAUCUGGGUAAAGAAUGGGUUCGGCAGAUGCGCGGCGAGGGCGAGCUGUUGUUUGAGAUGUGA